UAAAAAUUCGUAUUUUUAGGUUAUGUACACUGUUUACAAGUUUUUUUAAUUAAUUUUUUUUUUCAAUAAAACAACCCUUUAAUACUUUAUUAUUUAAUAAAUAACAUUAUCAGAAACCAUUAUGACACAAUCAGUAUUAAUAUUAAUAUGCGCCUUCGUUGUGCCCAGUUCUGCUAUAUGGUGUUACCAAUGUGUCUCGACCCAACCGGGGUGCGGCACCCCGUUUAACUGGCUCUGGCACUGGACGAAAGUAUGCCCGGAAAACGAUGAUGUCUGUGUGAAAAUUAUUGAAAAAAGAGCUGGUGAAACUGUAAUAACUAGGGACUGUUUAAGCUCCAUGAGGGCUGUAAGGACAGAUAUCCCGGCAGAUCAUUAUGAGGGCUGCAGACCUGCAGCAGUCGAUUUGAAACUAGGAAAUUAUGUGAAUAAUUCUAUUAAAGAGUUGGACAUUUAUAGGAAAUAUUAUGAUAAUACUACUUGGUGUUUUUGCUUUUUGGAUCACAGAUGUAACGGCUCCAAAGGCUUAACAUACUCGACCCCUUUAUUUGUGUUUAGUUUAUUAUUGACCAUGUUUUAUAGCUAAUGUGCACAUAUUUUUCUGUACAAGCCUUUAAAUGGACUGUAUAUAUUUUAAGUGAAAAUGAUCUGAUGAAUGUUAUAUUGUGCCCUAAGUGCUUCAAGAAUUGCAUCCGUCUAAGUACUUUUUUAAUUAUUUUUACACACAUGACUUUUAUUGUAUAUUUUUUGUAUACUAUUGUGUAAACUGAAUAGAAGAAUAUAGUUUAAAA